AUGAAGUGCAUUUCGAAUAUCAGUUCUGUUUUUUGCAUUUUGGCAGCAGUUUAUUUCCAGGCAAUCGACGCGUACUAUCCAGGAUGCAUUCACCAUUUCAGUGGACUCUUGGAAUUUCCGAACGACUGCUCAAAAUUUAUUCAAUGUGAUAAUGGAAGAACAUUCAUAAUGAAUUGCGGCCCAGGAACAGUGUUCAACCCUCACCUGCGAGUCUGCGAUUGGCCGUACAAUGUUCCUGGUUGCGGUGGUGUAAUGCAUCCUGAACCUAAACCUUGGUACGAACACGACGAGUCGUGUCGGCCUGGAAAGGUACCGGAACCGACUGAACCGCCAGAAGAACACAAACCGGAGCAUCCUAAAUAUCCUGACGGGCAUGAGCCGGAAAAGCCUGAACAUAAACCAGAAAAACCGGAACAUAAACCAGAGAAACCUAAACCUAAACCAGAAAAGCCUAAACAUAAACCAGAAAAACCUAAACAUAAACCAGAGAAACCUAAACAUAAACCAGAAAAACCUAAACAUAAACCCGAAGAAUCUGAACAUGAACCUGAGGAACCCGAACACGAACCCGAGGAACCUGAGCAUGAACCCGAGGAGCCUGAACAUGAACCUGAGGAACCUGAACAGGAGCCGGAGGAAUCUGAGGAGCCCGAACAUGAACCUGAGGAGCCAGAAUAUGAGCCUGAGGAACCUGAAUACGAGCCGGAGGAAUCUGAGGAGCCCGAAUAUGAACCGGAGGAACCUGAGGAGCCCGAACAUGAACCUGAGGAGCCCGAAUAUGAACCUGAGGAACCUGAAUAUUCCGACGAAGAUGAACACGAGCCUGAGGAUCCAGAACAUGAGUAUGAGGAGCCUGAACACGAACCUGAAUAUCCCGACGAAGAUGAACCUGAACACAAGCCUGAGGAACCUGAGGAGCCAGAAUAUGAGCCUGAACAACCUGAAUAUGAACCAGAGGAACCUAAACAUAAACCCAAAAAACCUGAGCAUAAACCCAAAAAACCUGAGCAUAAACCCAAAAAACCUGAACAUAAACCCAAAAAACCUGAACAUAAGCCCAAAAAACCUGAGCAUAAACCAAAAAAACCUGAACAUAAACCCAAGAAACCUGAACAUAAGCCCAAAAAACCUGAGCAUAAACCAAAAAAACCUGAACAUAAACCCAAGAAACCUGAACAUAAGCCCAAAAAACCUGAGCAUAAACCAAAAAAACCUGAACAUAAACCCAAGAAACCUGAACAUAAGCCCAAAAAACCUGAGCAUAAACCAAAAAAACCUGAAAAUAAACCCAAAGAACCUGAACAUAAACCAGAAAAGCCUGAACAUCCGAACAAACAAAAACCAAAAAAACCUGAACAUUCAGGGGUGCCUGAAAAACCUGAGCCUCCGGUCAAACAUACACCAAAAUAUCCCAAACAUCCACCCGAACAUGAACCAGAUUAUCCCCAAGAACACGAACCAGAUUAUUCUGAAGAACAUGAGCCUGAAUAUCCUCAGGAACAUGAAUCGGAUUAUUCCGAAGAACAUGACCCAGAAUACAAUUAA